AUGAGCAUCACGAAGCUCGCACGCUCCAAUGUCUUUACCAAACCAAUCCCAAACUUCGUCAGAAGCUCUCUACGCAACGCCUGCGUCGAGUCGAAUCAAACCACAGACUCUCCAUACAAACCCAAGAAGCAUCACAUAUUAGCCACAAAUCUCAUCGUCUCAUACUUCGAAAAAGGCUUAGUCGACGAAGCACGCUCACUGUUCGACGAAAUGCCUGAAAGAGACGUGGUCGCUUGGACCGCGAUGAUCACAGGUUACGCUUCUUCCAAUCACAACGCUCGUGCUUGGGAGUGUUUUCGCGAGAUGAUUAGACGAGGCACGGACCCGAACGAGUUCACGCUCUCGAGCGUGCUCAAGUCUUGCAGAGACAUGAAGGUUUUGAGCUAUGGUUGUUUGGUUCAUGGAGUUGUGGUGAAACUUGGUAUGGAAGGUUCUCUGUAUGUUGAUAAUGCGUUGAUGAACAUGUACGCUACUUGCUCUGUGACAAUGGACGCCGCUUCUUCGAUUUUUCGAGGUAUCAAAGUGAAGAAUGAUGUCACUUGGACUACUCUAAUCACUGGGUUUACGCAUUUAGGUGAUGGCAUUGGUGGUUUGAAGAUGUUUAAGCAAAUGCUUCUGGAGAAUGCAGAGGUGACGCCAUACUGUAUAACGAUAGCGGUUAGAGCGUCUGCGUCGAUCGAUUCGGUUACAACAGGAAAACAGAUUCACGCGUCUGCGGUGAAACGCUGUUUUCGGUCUAACCUCCCGGUGAUGAACUCUUUAUUGGACAUGUAUUGUAGGUGUGGUUAUCUACAAGAUGCCAAACGCUGCUUCCACGAGAUGGAAGACAGAGAUUUGAUCACGUGGAACACUCUCAUCUCCGAGCUGGAGAGAUCAGACAGCAGCGAGGCCCUGCUAAUGUUUCAGCGGUUCGAAUCCCAAGGCUUUGUGCCAAACUGCUACACUUUCACUAGCUUAGUCGCUGCUUGCGCUAACAUAGCUGCAUUGACCUGUGGACAGCAGCUUCACGGUAGGGUUUGCAGAAGAGGGUUUAGCAAGAACGUCGAGCUAGCGAACGCGCUGAUCGACAUGUACGCGAAAUGCGGGAGCGUGCCGGACUCUCGAACCGUGUUCUUGGAGAUCGCUGAGAGGAGGAACCUUGUUUCUUGGACUUCGAUGAUGAUUGGGUAUGGUUCACAUGGUUAUGGAGCAGAAGCUGUUGAGCUUUUCGACGAAAUGGUUAGCUCGGGUGUUAGACCGGACCGGAUUGUGUUCAUGGCGGUUUUGAGUGCUUGUCGUCACGCCGGUUUAGUGGAGAAAGGAUUGAAGUAUUUUAGAGCGAUGGAAGAAGAGUUUGGGGUUAAACCGGAUCAAGAUAUAUACAACUGUGUGGUGGAUUUGCUUGGAAGAGCUGGGAAGAUUUGUGAGGCUUAUGAGUUGGUUGAGAAGAUGCCGUUUAGGCCGGAUGAGUCCACGUGGGGAGCGAUCUUGGGAGCUUGUAAAGCGCAUAAGCACACGGGGGUGAUAAGCAGAUUGGCUGCAAGAAGAGUUAUGGAGCUGAAACCGAGAAUGGUGGGGACGUAUGUGAUGCUCUCGUAUAUAUAUGCAGCUGAGAGGAAGUGGGGAGAUUUUGCGAGAGUGAGGAAGAUGAUGAAGAUGAUGGGGAACAAGAAAGAAGCUGGUAUGAGCUGGAUUGAGGUUGAGAAUCAGGUUUUUAGCUUCGCUGUGAAUGAUAAAGCGUGUCCUAAUGCUGAUUCUGUGUAUUCGGUGUUGGAGCUGCUCAUUGAAGAGAGCAAAGAAGCUGGUUAUGUUCCUGACUUAGACUGCUUAGUUCAUGAUCAAGAACUUCAAGAAAGUCCAGAAUCUGAAAAUGGCUGA